UCGCUUCCCUGAUCAGCUACAGGGAUGAAAGUCUUGGCGUUGAUAGGAGGGAUGGUCUUCCUCGCCUCUGUGUUUUCGGCCUCUUCUGCACUACUUCCGAUGACUGUACUGUGCUCCGCAGACUGGUUCAUGGUCACAGUACACCCCUACAUGUUGAAUAAUGAUGUAUAUGUACAUUUCCAUGAGUUGAUCUUGGGUCUGGGUUGCCCUGCCAACCAUGUGCAGCCACACAUGUACCAGUUCACGUACCGCGUCACUGAAUGUGGCAUCCGGGCCAAGGCUAUCUCUCCGGGCGUAGUUAUGUAUAGCACUGAGUUGUACUAUGCUUCAAACUGUACCUCUUCUAAGUAUGUGAUUCCACUGUCCUGUGCAGCUCCCCAAGAGUCCCCAUGGCUCACUCUGCCCUACUCCGAGAACAUAGCCAGUCAGACGGGAACCACAACCCAGAAUGGGGAGGCGUGCUGUGAGGUGUUCACCUUGUCACAGUCCAGCCAGAGGCCCGACUGCGAUUGUCCACCUUGGGUGUCCAAUGGAGAAGAAGGUGCCCAGGCCCCACAUCCCCAGGCAGAGGCUUGGGAGGGCCAGCUGGUGCAGCCAUCUUUCCUCGUUAAUAUUUUUGAGAAUUGGUUCAACUCCAUGAAUAAGCUUUCUUACAUCUGGUUAGCAGAAAAAAAAUAAA